AUGCAUAUAUUUGAAAAACUGUGGACUUCGCCUAAUCACAUUACUCGUUACUACGACCAAUCCCAGUACGACAAACAAGGGGCUUUCAUUGGGGUUGUACCUUCGCUCAGUCAGUACAUCUUCGGUAAUUCAACCUUCUAUACCAGAAACGAUUAUGAUAUGCUUGAGGUAAUAUGUGCCAUUGCAUUCUGCAUAUCAGCAGCUAUUGACGGUAACCCUUUGAUGUCACUUGAUCGAAAUUUCACUACUAUUCCAAUUCAUGGUACGAACUUCUACACGAUCAGAGCAACCAUACCAACAAAAGGAUUUCACACGCUGACAUCAACCUCUGACACCAAUGGCCCGUAUUCGUAUUAUGUUAUUGGGCGGACAGUUAACGCAACGUACGGAUACUUAGGAGCCAUCAAUAGCUGUAUGGCUAUAUUGUUGUCGUGGACCCAUCAUACAUGUCUUGAACCACGGAUAUCGGGUGUACUGGGACGUUUCGCUCUUGGAGCGCUCCCCGGAGACUUGUCGCGACAAACGGUUGAGAGCCUUUUCCAGAUCGAAGAGGGCUGA